CAAACCCGCGGUUCGUCUUUUUGGAGAGGCUUCUCUCGUGCCGAACCUGGCGGGUACGGAGCGCGGCCGCGCCACCGAGCCAUGACGUCCCCCCCAGCCUUUUUUACUGUCAAAACCCAGGAUAAGAUGUCUUGGGAUAUUGAAUAUAUCAACGGGCGUUUAACACCCUGGUGCUCUGUCCACUCAACAGCAGCCUUCAUGAACUCCCAAACAUCUAAAUCGAGGGAGUAUAUCACAUUUGUAAAAAAUCUAUGAAAUUUUGCCUAUCUGAAAACGUCAUAAUAAUCUUCCUUCCAAAAAAUCAAAUCGUGUCCCCAUUUGCACCAGAGUUUAAUAACUUUCUCCUCUGACUCAGUAAACGGAACCUGAGCUUCCGAAGGUACAUUUUCCCAACUUUCCUCCCACCUUUUGCGAAUGGCAGGAUCUUCAGGAAGGGAAAAAAUAACAGUACCUUUAGACAGUGUCCUUGUGGAUCCAGCUGUGCAGCUCUGCUGCUCUGCGGUCUCUGGACACAAUCUCCAGGAAAGUCCAACAGGUUCUCCUGUUUGCCUUGGCUGUGAACUCUGCCCAUCUUCAGGGUCUCGUUUCUUCAGCUCCAGGCUAGAUUCCAUGGUCACUCUUGGGGUGACCAUCAGUUUCACACGUCCAGGGGUCACCAAUUCUUGCUUUGACUGCAACCCCUGGUGCGAGGACACGAGGCUUGACUCCACUUUCAUCAGAAGGCUGAUUUAUUAUGAUAUAUAUUAUACUAAAAUGCUACAUUACAACUAUACUAAAAGAACAGAGAGAGAAAGAUCAGAAGGCUACAAAGACAAGAAUAGAACAGGAAUCAAUAACAAAAAUCCUGUGACUGCUCACAGCCUUGGCACAGGUGGCUGUGAUUGGUCACUGAUUGAAAACAAUCCACAUGAACCAAUGGAAGAUUCACCUGUGGCACUCCACAGGAGCAGAUAGUUAUUGUUUACAUUUCUUUCCUGAGGCCCUCAGCUCCUCAGGACAGGAAAAAUCCUAGCAGAGGCUUUUUCACUAAAAAUCCUGGCAACACCAUAUUUUGCCCAUCUAUGGUGAUCCAGCAGAAUGUCAAACCCAAGAGCAAUGCCCCAAGAGCAGAGGUGGUGCUGGGGAAAGGGAGGCAGGGCUUCAAAGUGUCUCAGGAUGGGUCCCCAGCUGGACUUGGCUGUUAUUUCAGCCAGAGCUUGGCCAGUUCUGUGUGAUUCCAGCAACUGAAAGCUUAAGGACAAUGACUCAUCUUUGGGAUUAUGUUUUGCAAUUCCUCCUUCAUCACAGGGACCAUGCUUAGAAGGCCAAGACCCAGCACCAGAAGCCAAGAGAAGAGCCCGGAGUAUGCAGAUCUGACUGGCUACACUCCUGCCACGAAUCUUCCUGAGACACGUCCCGCUUCACUCCUUCCCUUCAAGCCCUUGCCUCCCAUCCAAGAGAGCUCUUCCAUCAAGCUGAGCAAGAUGUAUGAUGGGGAGGAAGGGAAAGGGAAAAGUAGCACUGACAACGAAGAUGUCAGAAGAAACAACGCGGAGCAGAGUUCAGAGGGAAAAGGACAUAAGACCUCCUUGCUGUAUUCCACGGGCGGGGAAAUGAAGAAGAGACAAUUGGGAAAAUCUUUGAUUCCCCGUCUGCGCAAGGCAGGAAUUUCCCCUGUGGGCAGUGCUGCUGGGUCUGUGCACAGCUCUCCAAAGAUGGAAUUGCAGGAGUCCCAGGAGAUGAGUUUCUUCAGGGCAAGACCCAGCAGCAGAAGCCAAGAGAAGAUCCCGGAGCAUGCAGGCCUCUCACUGAGUCAGGCCAAGGAGACAGAUCAUCCCAGCAGUCCUGGUCUUAGGAGUGACAAGGAGCGGAGGGACAGCUUUGGAAAGACCCGCGCUGAAUUGUGCAGGUUGGCUAAAGAGAACUUAGAGCAGAAGAAAAUGGAGAUUUUGAUGGAAGAGAUGAAGAGGAGACAAAAUGAGAAAUCAUUGCAGCUUCCUCCAGAGACAUUUGAGCCUGGAGAUGCAGCUGAAGCAAGCUUCAGCCUACCACCUAUCAAUGGCACAGCUCCCAGUGUACAGAGAAAAGACCCUGGUAGCGCCAUGAAGAAAACGGUCGUGAGAAAGCAGGACACGGUGCCCUUACAGCCCAGUACGCCCACCCUCCAUGGAGAUGGCAGCUUCCCACGCAGCUCCUCGGUGACCUCGCAGACAGCCACUGGUGCCCUGCGCCGAGAGGAGCCGCUCCGUGGGCUCAGGCAGAAGGACAGGGCCUUUUCGGACCCACAGCAGGCCUUGCAGGAGGCACUGUCCUUGCUGGGCAGUGAUGACUGGUAA